CUUCUUGCCUACCGAGUGGAAUGACAGAUUCUUGGCGGUCGGCAAUGGAGGAUUUGCGGGCGGCAUCAACUGAGUCGAUAUGGGUGUCGGCGCGCGGUAUGGAUUCGCUACCAUGUCCACCGACACAGGACACAACAGCAUCUCCUCAGACGGCCGGUGGGCGUACCACGAACCCGAACGGCUGAUCGACUGGGGCUACCGCGCCAUGCAUGGGUCGGUGGUCCUGGCCAAAGAACUGACGGAGCAGUUCUACGGCGAUGCCCUGAAGUACAACUACUACAGCGGUUGCUCGACCGGUGGAAGACAGGGACUGCGGUCCGUAGAAUUAUACCCCGACGACUUCGACGGCGUCAUCGCCGGCUCUCCCGCGUGGUGGACGUCGCACCUGCAGCCCUGGACCGUGAAGAUUGGGACCUACAACGCCGACCCCGCCACUCAAAUCCCGGCGAGCCUAUUCAGCGUGAUCGGGGCUGAGAUUAUCAAGCAGUGUGAUGCCCAGGACGGACUGUCCGACGGGAUUGUGUCCGCCCCACAACAGUGCAAUCUGCGCUUGGAGACGCUCCUCUGUCAAGGCACCAACACCACCGCGUGUCUGAGUCCGGCGCAGCUUCAGACCCUGCGCCUCAUCUACAGCGACUACGUCGACGUAAACCAGACCUUUGUCUUUCCCCAUCUGCUGCCGGGCAGUGAGGCGCAGUGGAGCGUGCUAGUCAACAACGGGACCGCGAAUGGUCUCGGAAUUGAUUACGUGCGGUACUUCCUCGGCAAGGGGAAGCAGUGGCAGCAGGACCAGUUUGAUUACAGCAUCAUCCAGCUUGCGGAUCGACUGGACCCCGGCAAUGCGACCGCAGACGAUUUCGACAUCUCGCCCUUUCAGCAGAAGGGCGGAAGGUUGCUCAUGUACCACGGGAUGGCGGACGGGUUGAUCCCGACGGAUAGCAGUCUCCACUACUACAACAAGGUCACCGAGGAGCUGGUUCCUAAGGGAAUCGACCUGGACUCUUUCUAUCGGUUUUUCUAUGUUCCUGGGAUGCAACACUGCUCGGGCACGCCGGAUAGCAUGCAUGCCCCUUGGUAUUUUGCGGGCCCUAACCAGGCUCCUACACUCUCGUCGAGUCUGCACAGCGUCCCUCAGUACCAGGAUGCGCAGCACGAUAUCCUGCUAGCCCUAAUGAGUUGGGUAGAGAACGGCACGUCGCCCGAGCCGUUGAUCGCCACGACCUGGCAGAAUGACACGACCCAGGACGCAGUGUAUCGUCAGCGGCCAUUGUGUUUCUACCCGCAAAAAGCUGCGUACACGGGCAAGGGGGAUGCAGAUGAGGCGGAGAACUGGGAGUGUCGGUUACAGUACUAGAGGAGCUUGGGUUAAGGCUUGCACUUAUUUGUUCUUGUUCAAUGCUGAUCAUCUGCCAAUUUGUCCGGUGCCCUGCAAAACCAGGCCUGGUAGAGAAGCGGUUAUUAUCCCCAGUCCGGUUAGAUCCCGUGUUACAACCGUAGGAAACUUUACGCGCCCGCUUGGAGCUUCUCCAACUCAUCCGUUCUCUCAUUUGUAGCCCUAGACGACAGCAGUUAGAGCCACCACUUUCCACACCACAAGACAUCAUCGUGCCUCAUCAUUGGCACCAUCCUGCACGCUUCCACCAAGCAUCUCAUCAGAAAGCCACAUGCGCAAGUGCAAGAUCAUAUAGCAUCCUCUCCCUUCUCCCUCCGCGAUGUCACCCUGUGAUCUCUCAAGUGGGGCAUCUCGUCUAGACGACC